AUGGUGAGAUUGUCAAAUAAUAAGGACUCAUGGAUUUGGAACAUUGACAGAGAGGACGAAUUUUCGGUAAACUCGGUAAAAAAGGCGCUAAUAUCGGAUAGGGGAAGUAGUCAUCUCCCUAAUUUCGAAUGGUGCAAAGGGGUUCCUAUCAAAUACAAUAUUAUGGCUUGGAGAGGUAACAUGGAUCGUCUUGCUACAAGAAUUAACCUGAGAAGGAACGUGGAUAUAACAUCGGUUAUGUGUCCUUUCUGCGAUGAGUAUGAGGAGUCGGUGGAUCAUUUAUUUACGGCAUGUUCGGUGGCGAUUCGAGUAUGGGCGGCUAUCAGCACAUGGUGCAACAUUCCCCCAAUAUUUGCUUUCGAUUUCAAAGAUUUGAUGGAUAUCCAUAAUUCUAAUCAAGAAGGAAAAAAAUGA